AAUACUCUCAGGAUGUCUACAAAACAACUGGAGAAACAGCAAUUCAACUUGAAAUUUGCAGCCAAACAAUUGGAAAGAAAUGCAAAUAAGUGUAAGAAAGAGGAAGGAGCUGAAAAGAACAAACUGAAAAGAGCAAUAGAGAAAGGCAAUGUUGAAGGUGCCCGGAUUCAUGCUGAAAAUGCUAUACGACAGAAGAAUCAAUAUGCUAAUUAUUUGAGGAUGGCAUCUCGUGUUGAUGGUGUGUGUUCUAGAGUUCAAGCUGCAAUAAGUAUGAAACAAGUCACCAGUAACAUGGGCAGUGUUGUGAAAGGUCUUGAUGCUGCCAUGAAAUCAAUGAACCUUGAGAAGAUGCAGCAACUUAUGGAUAAAUUUGAAAAGCAGUUUGAAGACAUGGAUGUACAAAGCCAAGCAAUGGAGCAGAGCAUGAGCAAUACUGUUACACUGUCAGUUCCAGAAGAUUCUGUUGAUUCUCUGAUGCAGGAGGUGGCUGAUGAGCAUGGAUUAGAGGUUGGUGUAGAACUUCGUGGUCAAUCUGUUCCCAGCUCCUCUAUUGGAACUACUUCACAUGCUAAUGCUGAACAGGAUGAAUUGUCUCAACGUCUUGCAAGACUUCGCCAACAGUAACUUUCCACAGUUCUUACGAUUCCCGGAUAUUAUAAUACUUUAGAUGAGCAAUAUAGCAUAUAGCUAUUGUAACAUGGAAACAACACUUGAAUUGGCAGUGAAGGAUAUAUUGUUUUAUUCAGGAAAGAACCACCUGAUUAAAAAUCCUACUGAAUUUGGUAUUCACAACUGACAACUUAACUGGUGACUGAUAACAUACUAAUGUUUUGCUCCUGGAAUAUUUUAUCUACAUAAAUCGGUUGAUUGUCUUCUGAUUGACAGAUAAUGGCAAGUUAUCAAGUUAUAUUAUCUAAUAGAUCACGAAUCUUAUUUUCUUGUUACAGCAUGCUAUUUUUCAGUAAAUAUUUUAUUAGUGUAAAACAUUGAUAUUGGUUCCUUUUAAACCAUGAAUCACAAAUAUUAGAUUGGUCUUUGUUGACGAUGUCAUAAAAUGGGAACACAAAUAUGAGUCUUGAUAUACAAAGUUAGGCCACUUUACUUUCUUGAGAAUGAUUUGUCCUAAACUGCUUUUAAAACUCAAUGUUAAAACAAAACGUAAUGGUUGAAAUUGACGACAUUUUAUGGGUUAUAGUUUGUUAAUUGUGGCAUCUAGCGGAAGUGUUCACACAUUACCAUAUCAGUAACAAACAAAACAUUAUCCAUGAUGUUUAAAAGUGAAAAUGGAGGGUGAAGGUCGAAGAGGUUCAUAAAUACUUAAGAUGUGGUAGGUAAUUUGUGAAGACUUCCAGUAGAAUGCUUAGUAUUGGGCUAACUGUCACAUGGCCAGUUGAAUAUUUUUCAUACUGAAGCUGAAGUUAAGUUAACGAUGCUUCGUAGGCCUAUUACUAUCCACAGUUAUCUUCUUCGAACUGAUUACGGUAUAACAUGUAUUAUAGAAUUGAUUUUGUAAAUUUUAAAAUUGUAGU